AUGGACCGUAGAUUUGGCAUCAAGCAAAAGGCCUAUUCGUCAGCCCGGGGACAGCUAACCCCAAUUAGUGAGGAUGAGGAAAGGCCAAGAGUGACACACAACCUUGCUCGUGUGAGGGACAUGGAUGAGGCUGCCCUGAGGAAGGACAUUGGCACCCUCUUCCCAGCUCACCAUUCCAUGGUGUGUCAUCUCCCUAGAGAGCACCUGGAGGAGCGGAGAGAGGCCCUGGACUCUCUGGUCCAUCUGGCUCGCUUGUUCCUGGUGGAGCUGCUUGUGUUCCUGUUCAGGAGGCUGAACAAGGACGAGGAAGAGGAGACCUGUGCCAGUCUCUUCAUUCUGGAUACCCUGCUGAGCCAUGUGUCUGUGUCUCUUACAGUUUCUGAAAUGACAAACCAUACAGAGAAGCUGUUCAUAGCCCUGGGGCCAAUCCUGCAGAGCACAAGCCUACGGGUCAGAGAAGCCCUUACUUAUUUUAUACGGACAAUGGGGGCGCAUGGGCUCUUGGAGAAAUCUGCAUCAAGACCCUUAAUUGAUUUCUUGGUGCGUCAGUGCCCCCUGAUCCUCAACAGCACGGAGGAAGCAGACGGGAGGCGCACCAUGGAGCUCGAGGUCUGCCAGCUCUGCUCCAGCACCCUGCUGUCCCUGGGUGAUUCCCCCAGAAUGGCCAAUGUUUUAUGGCCUUGGCUGCUGCUUCACCUUAAACCAGCAACCCAUGGGCCAGCCCUGCCUCUCCUCCUGAAGACCUUAGUCGGAGUAGUGAGGAUGAUUCUGGAGGAAGGCAGGCUACCCUUGGCCAGCAGGUGUGGCAAAGGGAACAGAGGGUGUCGGUCAAGCUCCAGGGCCACUCUACCCCAGGAACUGCUGGCUCAGUGGCUGGUGCUUGGUGCAUCUUCGUAUAUGACGGUGCAGGUCAGAAGGGCAUCCAUGUUCCUCCUCUUCCAGCUGAUAAGCACGUUCCAGGCCAGGUCAAGCCAAUUCUGGGAUAACUACGGGAAUGACAUGCUCCUCUACAUGGAAGAUCACGAGACUGGAUUUUGCCAGAGGGAGUGGGAGCAGCAGCUGCUGCAGCUAAGGUUCCUGGAAGACCUUCUCUUCUUAAUCUCGGACCACACGUGGCUGGGUUGGUUCAUCACUAGUAUCAGGCGCCAGCUGGCCCACAUUGAUAAGCGGCCCAGUGACAAGAGCUUUCUCUACAAGUGCUGGGGCACCAGGCUGAUGACAUCUCCAGCAGAGAGCGUCAAGCCCCAGCUAUGGCUUAUGGUGGAGAUGGUCAAUUUCCGAGAAGAAGAGGAAAGAGGUGAGGGAUCGGCCCGAGGGCUUGGGCUCGGGCUGUGUACCAGGCAACACCUAGGUGAGAUUUUCGACAUUCUGGAGCACUGGGAAGAGUUUGUCAGCAGGGUGCAGCUCCACCCUUCUGCCGGUAGCUCUCUGCAGGAGCCAGCUUCCAUUGAGCAGUUCAGAAGCCUCCUGCUCCUCACCUACGGGCACGUCGUCCACUCAGGCCCCACGGAUCUCAUCCCAGAGAGCAUAGGCUGCAAAAUCCUGUCUCCCAUCCAGAAGUCCUUUUGCCUGAGCCCACACGAUCCACUGGUGAGAUCUGCUUUUGUGAGAAGCCUUUUGCUGGUGGGUGAAGCUGUCACCUGAAAGAGCAGGACUCCCUUGGUGACCCAGGACACAUCCACCCCGCUGUCCCUCCUGCUGGAGAUCCUCAGAGGCAAGGACCGGGCCUGGCUACAGAGCCCCGAUCAGCAGCAUGACCUGCUGGCCAUCUCAUACUUAGGGAAAUUCCAGCCUCACCUAUCUAAGGAACAGGAGGCUGAGACCAUCAGCACUUGUAUUGCCGGCACCAUGAUUCAGCACCCAGCCCUGGCGAAGCUGAGAGGGACUGAGGUGGCAGAAAGCUCCGCUAUCCGGGUAGAGUCUCUCCAACAACUGCCCUGGGAGGCCCUGGAUCUCGUGCUGCAGACGUUCCUGGAGCUGCACGUGACCCCCACCAUGCUGCUGCAUCUGUUUCUGCACUUGGAUCUGCUCUCCCUGGCCCAGGAGCGGAGACGAGCUGUGAGAGCCAGCGCCCGGUUCCUCAUGUUCUAUCGCUUCAAAGCCAUCACCGAGGACCCGAGACCCAUGGCAGAGCAGGGCUACAUGGCCAGGCUGCCAACAAGCCAGACCUUCGAUGCUCAGGAGGCCACCAGACACUGGGCAUCUCCGGCUCUCUACUGGCUCUUCACACCUUGCAAAGGCAAGAUGGAGCAGAAGGCAGGGGCGACCGUGCUGAGCAAAACGCAGAAGGAUGCCGGCUGCAGAGAGAGCCCUGCCCAUGUUCCUAUGCUCAUUGCGAGGCACCUGCCGUUGCGUGACCUCAUGCCCUUCAGCUUCACCCUGCUGGUGGGCCUGCUGGAGAAGGGGGAGCCUGCUGACCAACUGGCGGGCGUCAUGGGGGCAGUGUUGAGAGAGAAAGAAUCAGAGCUACAGGGCCAAGUGCAGGAUCUGCACGUGGCUCUUUCCUACACACUGUGCCCAUGCCGAGGAGGGGCAGCUGUGAAGGGACGAGACAUCCUACACCUACUGGCCAGACAGCACACCAAGGCUGCGGUCAGCAUCCUCCCACAGAUGCCCUGGCCUUACGAGCGCCAUGCCAAGGCCAUCUGGAGAUUCCUGGGUGCAGACCCCAUGCUGGCCAGGGCAGUACUGCACAUCCUGCUGUAUGACAGCCCAGAGAAGAGCCAGGCUAACGCUAAACAGACCCAGGACAGGAGCUGCCCCCGGCCAGCCUGGCUGCCCCUGGCGACCACACGCAGCCUGUGGGAGCUGGUCAGGGCCCUGGGGCAAGCGGACACGCUGGAGGGACUCGAGGAUGACCUGUUCGCCUCUUACUUCCUCGCCAUCACCUGCUCCCCAGCCCGGCACCUCUCGGGAGCCCAGCAGGACCUGCCCAGUGACGCCAGUCCCCGCAGAAUGGCUAUGCACGCCCUGGCAUGGGUGCUGCACCUCAGGGGCAGUCAGCCAGCUGUGGAGCUGAUGGACCAGGAGCGAGGCUGGCAGCUGCUGGAGGAGGCCAAAGCCCGAGGACUCUUGUUCUCUUCCAGGGCCCUGGUGAGCCAAGCAAAGCAGGCCCUGAAAAGCAUUCCGCGGCUCCUCCUUCCCAAUCUCCAGGCCAGCCAGGAGGGCGAACGCACGGCCUGCACCACCCUGUUUGCAGAGUUCCUCGGCAGCCCCUUGCUGAUGGAGAAUGAGCCCAAGGCGAUGCAGAAGCAGGUUAUGAAGGCCAUGCUGCAGCGGACAGAGAACAGCAACAUCCAUAUUCAAGGCAGAGCGCUGCACGGCCUCAGGAACGCAGUAACCUAGUUCCCGGACAAGGUCAGGAAGAAACAAGACCAGAUCCUGGGGAGCUUUGUCCAUGCCAUGUGCGAAUGCUGCGACCCCCGUGCCAUUCUGGACACCAUAGAAGGGCUCUGCUGGAUGCUGCGGGAUCCCGAGGCACUUCUGAAGGGGCACGUCACCGUCCCACUGGCCCUGCAGGCAAGAACAUUCUUUGAGGAUGAGAACAUCAGCCUGAGGCGGGCCUCCAUGGAGCUCUUUGGCCACCUCAGCAAAUUUGUUUCCAAGAAGUCAUCCCUCUUUAAGGCUGAGGUGGAGAAGAGCGUGGGGACACUGCUCAUUCACCUCCAGGAUGGGGACCCCCAGGUGACCCAGGAUACAUGGUGGACAAUUGAAGCCAGAGAAGAGGAGAAGGCUUGCAACGCCCGCCCUGCUCAGCUGGAAUGACCUCCCAACCCCAGGAGAAGAGGUGGUUAAUUAUUGGCUCAUGGCCACCACAAAAUGUUGCAACUGCUACAAAGUAAAGAGUUUAUAACCUCUGAACAAGAAUUGGGAAUUGCUUACCAAUUAGUAUCUGGAAUCCAGAGGCGAUACUCUUAAAUUUAUCUGCUAGGGAGCAAUUCCAUCAGAUGCAUUUCCCUCCCUUCCCUCAAGAGAGGGAGUGUCAAGAUCUCAUUGUGUAUCAAUCCAUCUCAAGAAGGAAGAAAAAUCUGUACACAAUGAUUAGCCCUGAUAUUUUAAUGGAAAUACUGCACUACAGUC